AUGCAUGGCCUGUUGAUAGUUCCCGCGUUCCUCUCUUAACAAGUGCCCUGAUUCUCUGUGAUUAACUGUUCUUGGAUUAUAUGCAAUUGCUCCCCUAUGGAGUGUUAUCAGGGGGGACUGCUUCCAAUUCUGAGUUCAGUUCUGCUUCUUUUACUCCAUUGUCCAAUGUUCUUCCUUAUGUGAUGGCCAUUGAUGAUAUAAUUUUAGCAAAAUUAACAAGUCAAAUGCUCAGAAGCAGUAAGGGGAGGAAUUCAGUGGAGACUCUUGCCAUACAGAAGAAUGCAAUAACCACUUUCUUUGGUAUAGGGAGAGGAAUCAAGAACAUUCAGAGUGCUUAGAAGAGAUUGUCUCACAAAGUUUUCAGAAGAAUUCACAUGUUAACAAAAUGGAAAUUCAUGUGGAGCCAGUAAACUUGCCCGAAACUAUAACAUCAAAGUCUCACGAAUACAUUGCUAUAUGUGAUCCAGAUCCAGGUUUGUGCUCUUAAAAAUCUAAACUCUUAUGAUGUUUUUAUGUCACUAGUAGGGGUUUGACUCUUUUGACCAUGUGACUUAUAAUUUAGGGUUUCUUCAUCAAAGCUUAUGCUUAGAACCCCUGCUAAAAUUACUCAGAAAGAGAGUAUUUCUUUGAUGAUACCUGUGUGUUGUAGCAAUGAUGCUAUUCACAAGCAUGUUGUCCUAUUUAUAUACGCAUGUGAAUUUUUAUAUUGUGUUAUAUUUAUUAGUAGCAGUUUGUUUUUUAUUGAUAUUUGAAAUUACAGACCACAAUUAUUAGUCAAAAUUAUUUAUUGUGCACUUCAUAACUUAAUAAGUUAUUUUUUCGUUUUUGUUAACCUAGAGUCAUUGUUAAUUCUCAUGCGCUUCGUAAGUCUUGUUUGAAGCACAUAAUUUGCUGCCUUCUAUGUUAUUAGUGAAAAGCAUUUGGGGAACCAACGUGAGAAUUGAGGCUCAUAAGGCGCUCAUUGCACAUCACAGAUGGCACUGACAGCGAAGAACCACUUUUGUCUGUAUGCUCCAUUUGGAAGGAUGACAGCGGUAUCUACUGCUGGUUUUUUGUUGACAUAAAUGCCCCUGGUUGAAAGCCCAUUUUCUUACAAAUCACCAUUAAUGUUAUUUAAAUCUUUCAGUCUUAGUUGAAUUUCAUUUCCAUUCUUGUUUAUUCACUGAAUUUGAUUAAAAAUGACCUUGAAUCCAAAUUUAAAACACAAGUAGGAGGAUUUGAGGACCCAUACAGAGGGUAAGUUUGUAAAAUAAUUAAAUUUUUUUUAUUAUUUCCAUUUAUAUUAAUUUUUAAAUGACUCGCUUGUCUGGUUUCUCUUCCCUUGCCUUCCUUUAGAAGAAAAGGUGUGUUUAUCCCACCAUAUCUCUUUACUUGUUUUUCGUGAAGCAGUGAAACAGUGGAGAUAGGGAGCAGCCAUGUCUGAAUCUAAUGCUCUGUUUACCCGGAAGGGGCCUCUGGGCAACAUUUGGAUGGCUGCUUACUUUUUCAGGCAGCUUAAGAAGAAGCAGAUUGCAAGCACUGAUAUCUCCUCAUCAAUUGAUAAAAUUUUGCCUGAUGCUGAAAUUCCAUAUAGAAUUUUGACUCUACUUCUUCUCGGAGCUGCAAAGAUAUAUGCAAAGAAAGUAGAGCUUUUAUAUAAGGACUGCAAUGAGGCCUUGACAAAAAUCAAUAAGGCUUCAAUUAAUGAACUGUUAUUGUUGCCGGAUGAAGUGACUGGUACAAGCCAGCGUAAGGUAUCUGAGAAAGGCAAGGCCAGUGUAUCUUUAGAAACUACUCCACCAUUGGCAGGAGCGAUUUGCGAGCCAUAUCAUGGUGCUUCUAUUAUAAUUCCCGAAAGAUUCGAACUUGAUUCUUUUGACCUUGGGAUCCCAGAAGAUGGGGACACAUCUCAUUCAGAUUACAACAUUGAAGAUGCAUGGACUGCUGAUAGGAGCCCAUGUACCUCUCUUCAUGAGUGCUAUCACACUGAGGCUACUCAUGCUGGGCUCAUUUCUGGUUUAACUCUAUCGGAUGAUGUUCUUCCGCCUUGUGUGAUGGAUAUCAAUGAAGAAAUUAGCAAAAUUUAUAAGCCAGAUGACUCAGUUGCAGGAGGGGAGGAAUUUGGAGGAGAUUCUGACCAUGCAGAAGAUUGCAAUGACCAUGAAGAUAUGUUGGCUGGGGAUAUAUUAGACUCCUCCCUUUUUAAUAUGGAGACAGGAAAUCAAGAACAUUCAGACAACUUAGAUGAGAUUAUUUCAAAAAUUAUUCAGAACAAUUUACAUGAUGAUCAACCAGAAAUUCAUGGGAAGUCAGUGUGCUUGUUUGAAACCGAAACAUCAGUAUCUGAGAGAGACAUUGCCCCUGAAGGACCAACAGAAGAUACUCCGGUUGAAACUCAAGCUAAUAUCAUACGUGGCAAAGAUCCAGUUAUUACUCUAGCCAAUAAGGAGAGGUUUCAAUUGCUUAGGAAGAAAAAUUAUUUCUUUGAUAAGAUCUCGGUGCUCUCUGACAAUUCUCAGUUUGGGAUGAGCAAUUUAAGACGCAAUCGGAAAAUAAUAUCUUAUGCACGUCUAGAUGUUUGGAAGGCAUGCAGAUCUGCUAAUGUGAAGCAAGGUUUUCUGCAACCAUUGUUAACUGGCAUGUCUCCAGAACUCAAAGCUCUUUAUAAGGACAAAUUAACCAAUCCAUUUUCAUUGAAGAGAUCUUCAGAAUUUGUGAAUGAACAAGCUAAACAAUCGCAGCAUGGCACUGAAACAAUUGAUUUACAAGAUGUUGAUGGAUUGAUUGAUUUGAAAGAUAUUACUGAACCUGUUGAUACGUUGAAUCUUGCUGGACAUGUUGAUCAGUUUAAUGUUGCUGAACCUGUUGAUACAAUGAAUCUUGCUGGACCUGUCGAUGAGAUUAAUGUUGCUGAACCUGUUGAUCUGCAAAAUGUUUCUGAACCUGUCAAUCUGCAAAAUGUUGUUGAACCUGUCAAUAUGCAAAUCGACACCCAUGAUAAUCCCUUGGAGAACAUUCUGACCCAAGAACAAAGUCACAUGGAUAUCCUGACGGCAGAAACUCCUUCCACUUCAACAGAUAUGGAAUUAUAUGACAUGGAAGCGACAAGCACUGAGUCAUCAUCUUCAGAUUUUGAGCUGGAUGCAAUGGAUGGGGAUCAGGACUCUGAUGGAGGGUAUAGCAAUCAACAAGAAGAGGAUAAUGAUGAUGGCUUGUCAGACAAAACAAAAGAAGUGGCACAUUUACUUCAUAAAAAAUUGGCAAGCAAUGGAGAAGGGCAAGAGAAGAAAACUCUCAAUUUGUCAUCUGUUCUUCGAGAUGGCACUAGAGCCAUGUCUGCCAAGUUUUUCUAUGAAACUCUAGCAUUGAAGAGCUUGGGAUGCAUCGAUACCACACAAGAGUCUCCUUACGGUGAUAUCGUUGUAUCAGCAACUCCACAACUUGAAAAAAUAAUGGACAGAUGUUAAUGUAGGCGAAGAUGUUUUGAAUGCUAGGAAUUUCAGUAGGAGAUAAACAACAUUGUUGCUAAAAGAUGCUUACCUUGAAGUUAAUGUUUGUCUAGUUUUUAGACUUUCAGUUGUAAUCGACAUUAUGUCAAUUAAACAGUGAACUUUAACCUUUUAAUUCUCUUUCCUGUUUUUCCAAACCCUUUUUUUUUUUAAUGUUGGUGGUGAAUCU